AUGGCUCCUGUCUCGUUACCACCAGGUUUCAGAUUUCAUCCAACGGACGAGGAACUAAUUACUUACUAUCUUAAAAGAAAGAUCAACGGCCUAGAAAUCGAACUUGAGGUCAUCGCUGAAGUUGAUCUCUACAAGUGUGAGCCAUGGGACUUGCCAGGGAAAUCAUUGCUUCCGAGCAAAGACCAAGAAUGGUAUUUCUUCAGCCCACGGGACCGGAAGUAUCCCAACGGUUCAAGGACAAACCGGGCAACCAAAGGCGGGUAUUGGAAGGCCACGGGUAAAGACCGCCGGGUUAGUUGGAGAGACCGAGCCAUUGGAACCAAGAAGACAUUGGUUUACUACCGUGGACGUGCACCACAUGGUAUUAGAACCGGUUGGGUCAUGCACGAAUAUCGACUCGAUGAAACCGAAUGCGAGCCUUCUGCAUACGGCAUGCAGGAUGCAUAUGCACUUUGUCGUGUGUUUAAAAAGAUUGUGAUUGAAGCUAAGCCAAGAGACCAGCACCGGUCUUACGUCCACGCGAUGACGAACGUGAGUGGCAGUUCGAGUUUUGACGCUUGUUCAGAUCUUGAGAUCAGUUCAACUACUCACCAAGUUCAAAACGCAUUCCAACCGCGAUAUGGAAACGGGCGUUUUAACGCAAACGCGGUCAGUAACGAAGACUGGUCACAAUACUAUGGUUCUUCUUAUGGACCGUUCCCUAAUCCAUAUAAGGUUAAUAAUGAGAUCGAAUGCUCAAUGUUACAACACAAUAUAUCUCUACCGCCAUUGCGUGUAGAGAACUCUGCGAUUAGCGAUUGCGAUUUCUUCACGAGUAUGACUCACAACAACAAUCAUGGUGUUUUGAACGACUUCACUUUCGCUUCAAGUAACCCCAACCAUUAUAAUAGCGUUGAAGAUCAAGUGAUCCACAUAGGCAAUUACGAUGAGCCAUUAAUAAUGUCAAAUCAUCAUAUGAACCAGGGUUAUACAGAAGAGCAUAAUAUCAUUUCGAGUUUGGAUGAUACUGACCAAGAUCUUGGACUUCAUGGUGAGUAUGCUAUGUAA